AUGGAUGAAAUCCCCUCAAAAGAGAAAGGCGUUAGUCAUGGGACCAACCACAAAGAUGAACUCCAGCUCGAAGCUACCUUUGGCAUUCACCAGGAGAUGAAACGCAACUUCAGUCUCUGGUCGUUGCUGUUCAUGUGCUGCUGUACCAGCACAACCUGGGAAGCCUUGGCCUCGACCAUGACACAGGCCCUCAGUUCAGGAGGCAGUUCCAGCAUGGUCUGGGGUUUCUUCGUCUCGGCCAUCGGCGCCUUUCUGCUCUCUCUCUGCCUUGGUGAAUUCUCAAGCCGAAUCCCAACAGCCGGCGGGCAGUAUCACUAUGCUGCUGAACUCUGCCCGCCAAAGGCCCGACGCGUUGUGUCAUGGUUUGCCGGAUGGAACACCCUCUGGGGCUGGAUUCUCAUCACUCUUGCCGGAAACUUCGCCAACGCUAUGCAGCUGCAGGCAUAUUUGAUUCUGUUUGCGCCUGGCUAUGAGCAUGAGCGAUGGCACACGUCCCUGAUUUUGAUUGCUCUGACGACGUUGUACCUCGCGGGCACUUCGAUCAGCAACAAAGUGCUAUACUACACUACCUUUUGGGGCAUCACCUUUCACAUUAUUGGCUAUUUCCUGACCAUCAUAUAUUUGCUCGUCUCUGUCAAGGAGAAACAGACUGCGAAAUGGGUUUUCACCGAUCAAACUAAUUACUCCGGCUGGAACAGUGGAAUUGCGUGGUCAAUCGGAAUCAUGAGCAGUGCUCUCAGUCAGAUUGGAUGGGAUGCAUCGACGCACAUGAGUGAGGAAAUGAAGGACGCUGCCCGCGAUCUCCCACGGACCAUGUAUGGCGCCGUGCUCAUCACAGGUCUGACAACGUUUCCAUGGGUCAUUGCUCUCAUGUUUUGCAUGGAGGACAUCGGAAGCGUUGUCAACGGACCGGCCGGAGCAAUGAGCCCCUUGGUCCAGCUCAUCUACAACGUCUCUGGUGGCAACAUGGCUGUCACCUUGGGUGUGACUAUCCCCACUCUGGCACUCAACGUUGUUUCCGCAGGCCCAGCCUGCCUUGCUGCGACAUCUCGCCUGACGUGGUCUUUCGCAAGAGAAGGCGGCCUGCCCAGCUUUCUGGCCAAGAUUCACCCGAAGCUGAACCUCCCGCUGAACGCAAUCAUGUUCGACUGGUUGCUCGUUACUCUGCUUUCUUUGAUAUACAUUGGCAAUGAGACCGCCUUCUACGGACUCAACUCUGGCGUUACCGUUGUUGUUAUCCUCUCUUACGCGUUGCCCAUUUUCUUGCACAUUGUGUAUGGGACCCAGCACUGUAACCUUCCGGCGGGACCUUUUACGCUUGGAAAACUGAGCAUUCCCAUCAACUAUGUCGCUCUGAUUUGGGCCACCUAUUUGAUCAUCUUCUUGUCUUUCCCCAGUCGUCUACCAGUCACGGCCGUCAACAUGAAUUACACAUGCCUGGUUCUGGCUGCCGGCAUAGUCAUACCAGCAGGCCUGUGGUUUGCUUAUGGAAACAACAGGUAUUUGGGUGUGGUGCAUGAAGUCUCCGGCUCACGCGAAGCAUCCAACCUAUCACACCAUCCUGAAGUCCACUAUGCAGAUGCGAAGGCGGCGGAAUACAUUGAGAAUAACAACCUCAAGUCGGAGAUUUCCUGA